CUCACUCCAAAAAUCCAAACCCUGCUAUCCGUCCGGUGCCAGUAUUAAUGAUCGUGAUUGAUCCGGCGAAUGGGUCCCUUCAACCCCCAUGUGCUCUUGCCUCUGUCUCCACCCCCUCCUGCCUCUCCUUCAUCAUCACGCAUUUCCCUUCCUCCAACUCAUUGAUCUCCUCUCUCCCUGCCCGCGCUGCUCGUUCGACUCCAUUUCUUUUUUCUAUUCUAUUCCAAUCCUUUUCUUCUUUUAUCCGCGAGGGCCAUGAGCGGCGUCCUGACGGGCCACUCUCACCAGCGCCAACAGAUGACACCGGGAAAUAACGAUAACGGCAACGGCAAUGGCAACGGAGUCCCGCUGGUGGUGAAGAAGGCGCCCUCGAAAGACCGGCACAGCAAGGUGGACGGCCGCGGCCGCCGGAUCCGGAUGCCGAUCGUCUGCGCCGCCCGGGUCUUCCAGCUGACCCGCGAGCUCGGCCACAAGUCCGAUGGCCAGACCAUCGAGUGGCUCCUCCGCCAGGCCGAGCCCUCCAUCAUCGCCGCCACCGGAACCGGCACCACUCCCGCCUCCUUCUCCACCCUCGCGACCUCCCUCCGCCACUCCACCUCCUCCUCCUCCGCCCCUCUCGACCACAAACCCCAGCACCACCCCUCCGCUCCCUUCAUCCUCGGCAAGCGUCUCCGGGCCGACGACGACGACGACGACUCCUCCGCCACCAAAAAUGGCGGUGUAGGAAUGGGGCCGAUGGGCGGUUUCUGGGCCGUGUCGGCCAGACAGGACUUCGGGCAGGUGUGGAGCUUCGCGGCGCCGGAGAUGGUCGUGCCGCCGGGGUCGCUCUCCGGGAGCUUCGCCGUCGCUGCGCAGCCCGUCGGGAAGGCGUCGGCGGCGAGAGGCGGGAACUACCUCCCCAUGGUGCAGGGCCACCUCAACCUGCUCGCUUCCUUGUCGGGCUCGCCAGCUGCCGCUUCAGCGGCGGGCAGGAGUACUGAGGACGAGCCUCGCUGAUUGCUCUGGUGUUUCGCUGAGGUUGGGUGUGAGGGAUCCCUUCCUUGGAAGGUUAGGGUUUGUGGACUUGGAAUGACGUAGUUAGCGUUUUACUGCUUCCCCUCUUGCCGUCUUUCUUUGUUUGCGCGUAGGCGUUCCAUCUUCUGCUCCUCUCUCCAUUGGACUAGAGAUUUUGGGAUUGAAA